ACCAUCCCUACGGUAAAUAGAAUCAAUAAAUAAAACAUAUUUACAUUGUGUUUUUAUUGAGUUUAUUUUGAGUUGUUAAUAUAAUGGCAAGCAAAAGAAAACAUCCUGGUGCCGGUAAAGCCCAAGAAGAAUCCUUAAAAAAACACACGCUUGACUCAGAUGAAGAGGAUUCCGACGACUACGAGAGGGAAUAUCUCAAUGAUAGCGACAUUGAAGGAGGAGAGGAAGGCGUAGCAAAAGUAGAAGACGAUGUGAAGGUAACACCGUUUAAUAUGAAGGAAGAAUUGGAGGAAGGACACUUUGACAAAGAUGGCCACUACCAUUGGAACAAGGAGGCAGAAGCAAAGGACAAUUGGCUAGACAACAUUGACUGGGUUAAGAUUGGCAAGCAGAAAAACUCCUUUGACCCUGCCAAAGAUGACCAAAACUCCAACUCUUCGGACGAUCAGAUCGAACCUGCGGGAAAGGCCUUCAAUUUGUCCAUGAACCUGAUGAAAAUGCUGGAGUUUAUGAAACAAGGAGAGACUGUUAAGAUGACCCUGCAACGACUGGGAAGUCAGCGUCCGGUCCUAACAACUCUGCAAAGAAUUAAACAGAAGAAGGCCGGCAUUGUUGACACAAAGACGCAGGAAAUCUCCCAACUCACAGAGCUGGCCAAUGAGAUCCUUUCGAAAACCGGCAAUAUGGACAUAUAUCAAGAGACCUUUGAAAGCAUAAAAUCAAAGCUCGCAGAUUUGCCAGGUACAAGCAAAUCCAAAGUAGCCGAUGAUAUUGACAUGUAUGCAGAUGAUUUUGAAACGAAAGAGUUGCAGCGGUCCAAAACCUCGAAUGCUACGGCAAAUCCCACGAUGACUACUUCGGAAGUGACCUGGGAGUUCAAAUGGUCACAAAAUGAGACUGAAAUACAAGGUCCCUUUACCACUGAGAAAAUGUUGAAAUGGUCCCAGGAAAACUACUUCAAAAAUGGAGUCUACGUCCGAAAGUGUGGCGAAAACACCAAUUUCUAUACCAGCAACCGCAUAGAUUUCGAUUUAUACUUGUAAGCCUUAGGUAAAAAUAUUGUAAUUAACAUUUUUCAAUGGCUUUUUUUCCUGCCCAAUAGAUUUGUUACAAGUUCGAAUAAAAUGCAUUACAACACUUAUUUUCAUUAUUAAA